AUGACUGAGUCCAAGAUUCAUUUCUUCGAUAUCCUAUCAGAGAUACCUGGCACUGCGAAGUCAUGGUCUCCCAAUACUCUCCGGACCAGAAUGAUCCUUAACUUCAAGGGCAUCCCCUACACCCAAAGCUGGGUAUCGUACCCUGAUAUUGCACCUUUACUCAAGGCUCAUGGCAUCCCACCGGGCAAGUCAUCGUCAACGAUACCUUACACGCUACCGGCAAUCAGCCACAAGGGGUCAAUAACGAGCAACCCAGAAGGCGUGCUCAUGGACUCUGAGCCGAUCGCCAUGUACCUCGACAAGCUGUACCCGUCGCCCCCGCUCUUUCCUUCCGGCGACGCAAGCUACUCGCUGAUGGUUGCCGUGCAGAAGCUAUUGAGCCUGCUCUCACCGAGUACGAGGGCGCUGAUUAUUCCCAACGUUCCAUAUAAACUAGAUGAGCGUGGACGGGAGUACUUUAUCCGGACUCGCUCUGCGGCUUUCGGGAAGCCACUUUCCGAGGUCAGGCCGACAGAUGAGGCAGAGUUGCUUGCGUUGUGGCAGCUUGUCGAGAAGGAGUCGGAGACGCUGAUUAAGAUGCUAAAGGGUAGGGAUGGGAAGAAGGGGCCAUUUUUUGAGGGUGAGAAGGCUGGCUAUGCGGAUAUGAUUCUCGCUGGGGUUCUGGCUUGGUUCCAGCGCUUUGACCCGGAUACCUUUGAGAAGAUCCUUGCUCUCGGGAAUGGGGAAUUCAAAUCGCUGUAUGAGGCUUGUUUGCCCUGGCUUGAAGGGCAGGGGGAGGAACGGGAGUGGCCGAUUCCCCAGUAA